CAUUAGCAUGCAGGAGUAGAGUAGGUCAAUAUGAGUGAACGCUGUAGAUUUCAGUGGGUGCAGAUUACUUGAGAAAUUUGACUAUGAGGACUCAGCGAAACAUAAGAGCAGAACUGCACGCUUAUUUCGGGCUUUUCAGAAGCGUGGAAAUAGCGAGGCCGUCGGAGAGAAACUAAAGGACUAUGAGGACGAGAAACCGAGAACCAACAGAGACACUAGACAAAGGAGAGUGUUGGAUAUUUCCAUAAAAACACUCCAUAACGGAGCAAACAAAGCACAACAACUGUUUUGACACUUACAUUGCUGUAUGGUUAUCGCCAUAUAAACAGCAGAGACUGGACUGAAACCGACCCUGCGUGGAUCAGUUGUGGAAAAAAGCUGGAGUGGUUGAAUUUCACUGAUUAACGUUACUUGUGUGAAAAUGGGGGAGCAGCCACUACUCAGCUUGAAGGCGCACGUCUUCCAAAUUGACCCGGCCACUAAACGAAAUUGGAUUCCGGCCAGCAAACACGCCGUCACCGUCUCCUUCUUUUAUGAUGCUGGCAGGAGCGUGUAUCGCAUUAUCAGCGUAGGGGGCACUAAGGCGAUUAUUAAUAGCAUCAUUACACCUAAUAUGACCUUCACGAAAACGUCACAGAAGUUUGGCCAAUGGGCGGACAGCAGGGCCAACACAGUGUAUGGCCUUGGGUUUGCCACAGAGCAGCAGCUUCAGCAGUUCUCAGAGCAGUUUAAAGAGUUUAAGGAGGCUGCGCAGCUCGUCCGGGAUAAAUCACAGGAGAAGUUUGAGCUGUUGAGUCCUGGCCUAAACAUCUCUUCUCCACAGCUGUCUCAGGUGCUGUGUGAGGACCGUCAGUCUCCUCCAUUGCUUGGUGUCAAUGGCUCCAGUGAGGACAAGUUGUUUCGCAGCAAGAGUGCUGAUAUGGAGGAAUCCACAGAGAAAGAACAGAUGAGGAAGAUGCUUUCUGAAGGGUCGAUAUGUGAGAGGAACUCGGAGGUCGAGCUGUUUUCUCUUCGGGACAGCAACGCUAAGCUGGUGGCUGCUCUUCAUGAAGCUAACAGCAGCAUUGAUCAAUGGAAAAAACAAUUAGCCGAGUAUCAGGAAGAAACAGAUCGCCUACGAGAGCAGGUUGCAGAGCUGGAGGCUCAGAGUGGGGUUUCUGCCUCCAGCGAGACGGGCAGCGAGGAGCUCACACAGACUGUGGCAGAGAUGGAGGCUCUUAUCAGAGCUAAAGAUGAGGAAAUAAGUAUUCUACGAGGCAAGAAACCAGAUGUAAUUGAGCUGGAGAAAGAAAGGGAAGAAGCCUGUCAAAGGAUACAGGAUCUGGAAGUGAAGAACUCCGAGUUGGAGAGACGAGUGCGAUCAGCAGAGGGCACUUUAGCUUCGUCCCAGGAUGCCCGGAGCAGGGCAGAGAGUGCGGUGCAGAAAGUCAUCGAAACUUUAGACGUCAAGAUCUACGACCUGAGCGACCUGCAACAGAGCCUAGCCAAGCUCCUGGAGAAAUGACCACUGCGGUCAGACAAACGUUCAGUGUCAAAACCGCCAUUAUGAGGUAGAUGAGAUCUCUGGAGUCUUCCAGAAUCUGCUGCACAACUCAACGGUUCCUCAUGGUACCAGGCAGGUAGUAAUAACUAGAGAGGUGAUAACUAGCAUGACAGUAACUGAAUUUAGGACCCAUUCAUUCCACAUUUGCUUCCUGAGAGCCAUGGGUGUAACUUACCGGAUGUUUCUCGUACACAGAACUGGGCCUGUUUGCUUGAAAUAGUCACGAGGAACAUCAUAAACAGACUAGAACUUCUUUUAGACCUGUUUAUUGGUACUAGAUAUCAAUAUAGUUGAAAUUGUUGUUAAGAUCUGUGAUUUGGUUGUGAGCAGUUUUCUAAUUAGAAUAAGGCUUUGAACAGACGGUUCUGUAGAUAUAAGCUACCGUUCGAUGUAUGUAUCAGUAUUAUUGUUAGAUACAUGACUAGAACCGAAGAAUGAAAAUAUCUCACUCUUUACGGACACCAGCAUGUCUCUGUUAGGAUGUUAAGCGAUUUAUUGGCUUACAGUUUCUCAUAAGUUUGCUUAAUAUAGGGCUCUGCAAUUGACAACUAGAGAAACAGGGAAAUCGAAGCAUACAGCACUAAUAAGCGUGAAAUCUUUUUCAUGAAUUAAUUUAUUCAUUAUUUUCACUGGUCUGGUGCAGUCUAAAUAUGUAGGUAGUUAUAAAUCUAAUGCAGUUCUGCAAGGAUCAACUGUUUCGAGGAGUACUUCAAUUUAAUUUUCACUGUUAAGAUUCCAUUAGUUUGAAAUAGCACUUCUAAAUGCAACAACCCUUUAGGAAAAACACUUCAGACUUUUUAUAGACCACUAUAAUUUGCAAUACCUCAGCAUGCAUCUUUAUACCAAGCGUUAUAGUAUAUAGUUCUUUCUCUUUUUAAAAACAUGAAUUUUCACUUUAACUGUUGCUUUCAUUUGACCUUGCUUGGACAUUUGCCCUGAAACCUCAAAGACAUUUGCACAUAUGCUGUUUUUCUAUUGUGUGCCUGUUGUUGCCUGUGGUUUUAUAUGAAUUCCCAAUAAAAGUAUUUGCUU